GAAGCUAAGGCAUGGCGGCGUUCACAUUUUCAUUCCGUUUCGGAGUUGUGGCCGUCGUUGCCUCUCUCAUCUUCACUCUUUACAUGCCUCUCGCCGUCCAUUCUCAAUCCCUUGCUCCGGCACCUGCUCCUACCAGCGACGGUACGUCCAUAGAUCAAGGGAUUGCGUACGUGCUUAUGAUGUUGGCUCUCGCACUCACGUAUCUCAUCCAUUCCGCUGACCUCUCUUCUACCUUUUGAUGGAUUGAUCGUGUUUUGUUUAAAGAAGUUGUUAUGUUUAUUGAUGCUGUUACCAUUAGCAUUGAUUAUAAUAUAGUAAUUGAUUCUAGUUAUAACAACUUUAUGGAGCCAGCAA